AACCCUCGACUGCUCCAACGCCCAACACCAGCAUCCCUUCGAUCCCUUCCGACCGAAGGCGCUCCCCCUCCUCCUGAUCUCCUUCCUCUUCCUCCCUAGCCACUUUCAACCCCCCAUUACCACCUCUGAGAGCAAGCUUCAUGACAGCCUCUGUCGCGAGAUCUCCCACUCUUACCCCCUUCCGCAACGACGGCAUCGUUCCGCAGCUCAGCCAAUCGCCGCCCACCCGCUCCUCGCUGCACAAUCACAACCACAAUGGCGUGCCUCACCCGCAAAACGUCCAGCGCUUUGCUGCCCCAACCAAGGGCCUGGACUCGGCGGAUCUAGAGGCCCAACGCCAGGAGAAGGCUGAAGUGCUUGCCGAGGAGGAAGCCAGGGCACUCGAUCGCAAGCAGGAUUUCAAUGCCAUCGCUGCCGCUACGAUCGUCGGAGCAAAAGAUCAAGCAAAGACAAAUGCAAUCGUGCCCGUCGUAUCUGCUCCAGAUGUCGAUCCUCAAGGUCCAUUUGAGGGUCCAGAGAAGCUCAUGGAGCUCUGGUUCGCAGACUGCCCCGAGCUGCUUCCCGAGGGGAGCCUGUCUGAGCACUUCAGCAUUGUUCAGGAUGAGGAAGGCAACACCUUGCCGGGGGCUACGCCACGACGUCGUCUUGGUCUGAGGGCGGUCUCGCGACCGCUGUGGGAAGAGAUGCUCGACCUCGUCCAUUGCAAGGUCCUCAGCGUCAUUGAGGGAGACGACUUCGAUGCCUACCUGCUCAGCGAGUCCUCCAUGUUCGUCUUCCCGCACAAGAUCAUCCUUAAGACGUGCGGCACCACGACCCUCCUCCUUGGUUUGCAGCGCAUCCUCGAGCUCGCGCGGAGCGCCCUGUCUGGCUCCACCUCCUUCCCCACCGUCACGCCGACCCCUGCCGAGCCUUACGAAGCUCAAUCGUCUCCCUCCGAGGACAGCCGCAAGUCUCUUGGCGCCCUAGUCAGGCAAUGCUUCUACAGCCGCAAGAGCUUCAUGUUCCCUGAGCGCCAGAAGGGCCCGCACAGGGACUGGAUGCUGGAAGUGCAGCUUCUUGACGCUUUCUUUGCUGAUGGGUCAGCAUACACGGUGGGAAAGAUGAAUGGAGACCAUUGGCUGCUUUACAUGUGCUGCCCAGGGGACAAGGAGGAGGAGGCGGCGGACUCACCCCCCGCUCAGCUGGCAGUACAACGACCGCUCCACCUCCCCUCGCCUGGAUCCAUCGACGCGGCCAACGACCAGACGCUUGAGAUCCUGAUGACGCACUUGUCCUCGCGGUCCUGCUCGCGCUUCAACUUCCCGCCGGAGAUGGCUGUGCCUUCUGCCUCAACCGGCGCAGGAGCCUCCUCGGACCGCGGCCACCUUCUUGGGCUGGAUCUCUCAUCCAAGCUGGGCUUGAUCGACAUGUUCCCCAACACGAUCAUCGACGCCUUUGCCUUUGAGCCCUGUGGCUAUUCGGCAAACGCGGUCAUUCCUGCUUCAGCAGGUUGCUCCGCGGGGUACUGGACCAUCCAUGUCACGCCAGAGGAGGACUCAAGCUACGCAAGCUUUGAGACGAAUGUGCGCCUCCCUAGCAACGGCAAGGGCGAGGCUGAUGAGCCUGGCAUGGCAAUGAAUACGACUGCGCUGAUCGGGCAAGUGGCCAAGAUCUUCGAGGCCGGGAAGAUGAGCAUCACUCUUUUCAGCUCGCGACAGGCAAACGACGAUGACAGCAGCGACGAUGAAGCAGCAAGUGAUGAGGCGCGUGACGUCUACGACUUGACGACCCUCAAGUUGCCCGGCUACGCGCGCAAGGAUCGCAUUGCGUACGAGUUCGACAGCUACGACCUCGUCUUUGUCCACUUUGAGGCCCUGCCGUCGAGCGUGGGCGCGUUGGAGGGGCAAAAGGACAUCGCGACGGCUUGAAACCGCGCAG